AUGGAAGAAGUCGCCAAAACGGCGUCCAAAAAUGUAGAUUGUGCAGAAAAGGACUUAGCCGUCCUCGUUAGUCGCAAAGAGCCUGCUUACACAAGAUUAGAGGCUCAACUAUCCAGAUUACGAAUAGCAUGUCAAGACUUCGUCUUCGUUGAUUUCAAUGCGGCCACCGCAUCAAAAACCGAAACUCGUUUAUGGGAUGCUCAUGCAAAAGUCAAUCAGAAGUUCAGACCUCUCCUUGCCAAGUUUCGAGAUCCCGAUAGUAAAAAGAAACAUGUUGAACGUCGAAAGGCCGAGAAACUCUAUCUUGAAUUCAUCAAAUCUAGCAUGAGAUUCUACAGGGGGUAUGUUCAACGCCUUGCAUCCCACUUCAGAGAUAUUCCAGAGGUUGUCGAUGUCGCGAAGAAGUUCGGACUGGAUACCCUCAGUGCUGAGCCUGCAAUAUCUGUUGAUGAAUUACAGAAGAAGCAAAUUGUGCGCUCAUGCUAUCUCAGCUUGGUGCAGCUCGGUGACCUCUCUAGAUAUAGGGAAACAGAAUUACAAACCAAACAACGUGAUUGGGGUCCCGCCAAAGGCUAUUACCAGCUUGCAAUCGCCCUGGAUCCGCAUUCCGGUGUCGCAUACAACCAACUCGCGGUUAUUGCGCUUACUGAUGAAGAUCAUAUUCGGGCUGUUUAUUAUCUCUACCGGGCCAUCAUGGUACAAAAUCCUGCACCUCAAGCGCCUGGGAACCUUGAAAUCGAGUUUCGCAAGAUCAGGAACAGAGUCGCGAAUAGAAAGCCAAUUUCUUCAUCUGAUGUGAACGGGGAUAAUGGUCUUUCUGAUCAAUUUAUUAUUUACCAUUCUCGCUGCGCUGAAGAGGGAUUUGUCUUUAGCGACGAUCAGCAGAACGAAAUCUUGCAACGUUUGGCAGAUGACCUCCGCGAGAAACCAUUUGAUGCUCGAAUAAGAAAAUUCUGCUUGAUCAACAUUGCCGCCGAAGACGCAAGUGCUCGGAGAGUUCGCGGUAAAUUGCCUCCUUUAUUACUUAAAAGCUAUGUGCUAAUAACCAUUGCAGAGGACAUUUCUCCGUUACAGAUAUAUCAAGGUUUCCAGCAGCUGAAUAUUGGCACUUUUUUUCUGCUCUUGAAACUCAUGCUUGACGAAUUGCAGCAGUUGGCCAGGGGCCCAGAGCCGGGGACACCGAUUGAUGAAGAGCUUGUACCCGUGACACCAGUCACUCGCCGAAUUCUUCCACAUCUACGGCUGUAUAGCAGCUGGCUCUUGAGCAAAGUUGAGUAUCUGCUUGCCAACAACUCGAUGAAGGUUCAAAUGCGCGAAUUUUGGUGUGUGUAUACCGAAGCACUCAGUCUGCUGGUUGUCACAUAUCCGAUUAUCGAUAUUGCAGAGAUCCCCUACCUCUUAGACGAAGAUGUUGACACUUUGGGCUUUAGCCCUUUUCCCGAAGUUCUGAGAGAACAACGAGGUCUAGCAAACUCUAAGUACAACGAAGCUCGCUUUGGUCCACGAUCUCCCGCAAAUGAGAUGUUGUAUCGGAUUAAGAGCUUAGUCAAGGACGCGGUCCUCUUGUGCCGGAGAGAGUUUGGGUCGAUUCCCAUUCCUCUAAAAUUCGCCGGAAAUUGUUUUGUCUUUCUUGAUGAGGAUGGCCAGCCACCAAUGAAAGAGACACCAGCAUCACCUCAUCACGGCCAUCAGAAUAGCAUCAGUCGAGAUGAUAUCGAAGCAGCCAAGCAACCGACUGGUGCUGCAGGAUACUCUUUCAGCUACCAUGAGGAUGUAUCGGAUGCCGGAGCAUCAGCUUCAGUGACAUCAGCCAUGGAAAAUAUGGUGAACAACUUAACACGACCCGAAGCCCUAGACCAUUCAACUCCAUCAAUAGAUCAAACCGACGAGUCACAUUAUCCCGUGUUGAAGACACCAACGGCGCAGUCGUUUGCAGAACGAGGUUUAAAGCAGUCCCAGCGUUCAGGCUAUACAGCGCAAGAUUUUGUGCAGCCGAUUCACCGAUCAUCCAGCUCGUCGUUUCCUUCACUGGGAGAUGCUGGCACGAAUCGACCGAUUUUACCUAGCAUUAUGAAUUCGCCUUUUGCACCACGGCCAGGAGAGACACCUGGCUCACCCCCACCUGCAAAUGUAGGACAACGAUUGCGAGGGUCCCGCGAAAUAUCUCCUCAAACCCGGCAUUUUCAAGCAAGCUUACUACAGCAGCAACAAGCAAUUCAGAACCGUACAUCACCUGCAGUAUCACCACAGCCUACAAUGUCCAGCCUUUCGAAGACACCCAGCAAUGUGAUAUCGCGGGGAUGGAAAAUCAAUCAGUCGCAACCAGGAUCAUCGCAGUGGAGCUCACCAUUAUCAGCAGGACUAUCGGGGACGAUUGUGCGUCAUCGAGCACCCGAGCCAGCACCUUUCGGGGCCAUUGGUGAGCCGCGUCCCAAAAGUAGCGGAGCCCCGGUCAGCGGUCAGCUUGGAUGA